CUGGCGCAUGACUGUAUAUAAUUUUUUUUUUUUUUUUACCACCACUUAUCAGCUUAUUAUCCAUUCGGGCAGUUGGUCUAUCCACUCUUACUACAAGAAGAAACCGGAGCACCCAUAUGUAACCUAUGAUGUUUGGUAGGAUCACACUGGAUAACACCUUUCUCACAUAUGUCCAGGUCAAGCAGGACUUGAACUCUUGACGUAUUCAAAAAGAGAUAUGCAUGUUCAUGUUGUAACAUACUGAGUUAUGACCCUUCCUACCCAGUCAAUCUUGACCCCACCAAAAGUGAGCAGGGCUUCGAAGCAAAGGGAAAAUGUAGAAUUAAAACCAUAAUUAAUAGAACCUAACAUAACCUAACCUAAUCUGGUCUUUGUACUCACCUACUCGGUAAUUAUUGUACUGUACAGUAAUAGCCAAAAACUUGAUACUGUAAUAGCUUACAACAGCACUUGUUAGAUUGAGCAACUGUAGGAAAAAUUUGUAGAAGAAAACUUGUUUCUUAGCUCUUAGAUAUUGGACUGAAUAUUAUGAGUCCCUUAAGAUUCAUAUUACUGUACAGUAUAUAUUGCCAAACUGUGUACUGUACUGUAUUGUAUAUGCAUGUGUAAAACUGUUUAGCUUAUGUUAGGAUAGGUUAGGUUAAUUCAAGUAAGUUAAGUUAGGACAGGUUAUGUUUUGUUUGAGUAAAUUUACCAUUUGGCAUUAAUGGCACUACUGUAUUUAGUUUUCAAAAUUUUUAUGAAUAUAAACAUUGUAUUUUUUAAUACAGUGCUGUCUUGUACCUGUAUAAGUAUUUGUUAUACAUAAUGAAUCAACUUUAAUCCUAAGUACUGUACAGUUUUUUUAUCCUUCAUCUUAAAAUGUCUCCACUGUACAUAUUUUCUCUUCCUAAGUGUCAUGUAGAGGAAUUUAUUCUCCUCAUUUGCAUUAUUAAAUAGAAUGUGAUUUGAAUCCAGAGAUAAAGUAGAAAAGUCUUACCAGAGCUCAUAUAUUACAGAGCAACAUACUUUUAUGUGUAUAUUAAGUACUGUAUAUUGUAAUGCAAUCAUCACCGUCAUCAUUGUAAAUUUAGUUCCUAGCCAAAAUAUGAAAAUUAUAAAGUAUUUUAAACCUCCUUCCAGCUUGGUGUGGGUUAAUCUUUUUUAAUAUUUAUUAGAAGUAAACAUACUUAAGAAUUACCAAUACAGUAUAGCUAUUCUUUUAUUAACAAGAAAAACUGAUGUGCUGUAUUUACUGUUGUUGCACUAGAGUUGAAAAGAAAUACAGCAGCAGAAUCAUAGAAGAGCAGAGGUUAUGGGCAACACCACUGUUAAAGAUGCUGUCGAGGGGUCAGAAGGCAACCGUAGCCUGGAUCUGUCUUGUAAACUUACUCCUAGUCAGUAUAUAAAGCAUACAUCUGGAGAGUUUAUUGAAGGUUGUUUGUCUGCUCUUCCAUGGGAGGUGUAUUUCAAUGUCUCCUUGUACGAGAAUGUUAAUGCAAGUUUUAAUUUCAUCAAUGAGAUUCCAGUGGAGCUCAGUAUUCAUGUACCUCAUUUGCGGAGUCUUAAUGUGAGUCACAACCAGAUCUGUGAUCUCCCAACAUCCUUCAAUCUACUUCUUCAUCUACGAGUGUUAGACCUGUCAUACAAUAAGUUGAAAAUGUUACCUGCUGCUCUUACCCGCUUGCCACAGCUUCACACCCUCAAUGUGGCAAAUAACUAUCUAAAGGAACUUCCAACAACAGUUUCAAAACUUCAGAAUGUGAGUAUAUUGAAGAAACUAAAUGUGAGCAACAAUCAGCUGCGAGCACUUCCUGGCUGUCUGGUAGAGUGUCCAAAGCUGUGUAUUUUGGUCACUCAAGGGAAUGAUCUCAUACACCCACCUCAGGCCAUCUGUGAUAUGGGAUCCAAAACUACACUGGACUUUUUAAAAGAGAGACACCCACCUGCUGUGCAGUCAAGGUAUCAUAUACAGUACUGUACAGAUAUCCCCCUAGUUAUGAUGGGAUACGUUCCUGAAAAGCCCAUUGCUGGUUGAAAUUUUGUAAAUCAGGAUCAUUAUAACAUGGGGUUCAUUGGGAUAUGUUCCCAGUUAGUCCAACACCCACAUAUAUCACUAAAAAAAAAAAAUCCUACACUAAUACUAUUACCUACAACACACGUAAACAAUACUCACCACAUCAUUAAGAACAUGCAAGGCACUUUAUUUACAUUGUUUGUUAUGUAUUUAUGUGUAUGUUUGUGUAGUCACACAUGCAAAACACAUAGAAAUAAAGAAAUAAAUAAUAAUGGGAAAGUCCUCUCACAAAUA